GCGUGGGUUCUGUAAAUUUAGGGCUUUCCCUUGAGAGAUGGAAGUAAAAGCGUCCGUGAGUUUGAAGCUAGUCUGGGCUGAGACUUUGUCCUCCCUCCUUAAAAAAACAAAACAAAACGCAAAGCAUAAACUGGGUAGUUUAGCUAAUAAGCCUAUGGGCAAUUUUCUUUCCUUUGCUCUAACGCGUUCUUUCCAGUCGCUUUAGGCCAAGGCAAGCCAAGACAAAUUUUUAAAUUUUUGAUUGGACUAAAUAAGAACGUCUUGCCCUAUCAGAGAGCACUACGGAGGCGGGACUCUUGGCUGGGGGAUGAUCCAAAGCUGGCCUGCCAGCAAAUGCGCCUGCCCGGGAGUGGUUAGAGGAGGCGGGGCUCGGCUCCGUGGGUUGUGUUUGGACCCAAUUCUGGAUAGUGUUGGGUGCAGGCUGCGGCGAGACGUCGCCUGGUGUUAGAAGCAUCUUAUACCUAAGUGAGGAGGCAGAUCGAGACCAAGCUCGGUUGCCGUGGUUGGGAAGCCACACUGGUUGAGGUUCUGCGUGCCGUCAGGCCCGGUUCGCUAUGGGGGAGGUGGAAAUUUCCGCCCGGGCCUACGGGAAGAUGUGCCUGCACGCAUCUCGGUACCCAUACGCAGCUGUCAACGGGUUGUUGCUGGCUCCCGCGCCGCGGUCAGGAGAAUGCCUCUGCCUCACCGACUGUGUGCCCCUCUUCCACAGCAACCUGGCCCUAUCCGUCAUGCUGGAGGUCGCGCUCAAUCAGGUGGAUGUGUGGGGCGCACAGGCCGGUCUGGUGGUAGCUGGGUACUACCACGCCAAUGCUGCCUUAGACGACCAGAGAUUGCCACUCUCAUCAGCAGAAUCUGAGCACCUGUUUCUCACAGCAUUCAAGCAUCAAGCCAUCGUACGUCAAGCAGGCCCGACACUCCCAGGCCAGCUGCAGGGAAAGGCUACAGCUGUGUGCACCUCUAGGAGGCCUGGGAGACCUGGGUCUGCCCUCAGUUGGCUCCUCACUCCUCUGAUCUUCCCCCUACACAGCCCUGGGCUUCUGGCCUUGAAAAUCGCUGGGCGAAUUGCAGAAUUCUUCCCUGAUGCAGUGCUUAUUAUGCUGGAUAAUAAGAAAUUGGUGACUCGGCCUCGUGUACCUCCAGUCAUUGUCCUGGAGAACCAAGGUCUUCGAUGGGUGCCUAAGGACAAGAACUUAGUAAUGUGGAGAGACUGGGAAGAGUCGAGAGAGAUGGUGGGAGCACUGCUGGAGGGCCAGGCCCACCGUCACCUUGUAGACUUUGACUGCCAUCUUGAUGACAUUCGGCAGGACUGGACCAACCAGCAGCUUAACACUCAAAUCACCCAGUGGGGUGGUCCCACCAGUGGGAAUGCCUGAACCAGAGGGUCAGAGUACAAUAAAGAGAUGGGCUGUCGGA